CGCGUGUUGCUCCCGUCGGGGUUCACGAUGGAGGGAGGGGCGAGCAACAAGGACCUCGCGCGUGCGAGGUUCAAACAGCAACAGCACGGCCGUCGCGUGCACGGCCGUGGUGGCGGGAGGCGGGGAACGUUCGGGAGGAAAGGGGAGCCGGGUAAUUCGGGUUCGGAAGAGGACGACGAUGAGGAAGAUGCUCCAGCUCACGGGCGUUCCUUGGAUCUUCCCCCGGCCUACGACGACUCCGACGCCGAGGAUCCCUUAGCAGGUCCCCGGCUGAGGUCCAACGGGGCGGACCUCGCCGCUCUCCUCGCCGAGUGCGACGCGUCCGCGUUGCCCCGGCAGCACGUGUCCGCGUACAUGGAUCCCUCGUGGUCCGUCGACGACCUCGGGGAGCUGCAGCGCGCCCUGGGGGGCGGGGGCUCGGGGCUCGGCGGGGACGAGUUGAGCGUGGACGCGCACGGGCUGAUUCGGCAGCUGCGCGAGCUGCCCCUGGCGGAGCUGCUGGGGCUCUCGAGGGAGUACGCCGAGGCCCUGGGCGAGGGACCUGACCCGGGGUACGGGGCCACCGGGUCCGCGGGUAUCUACACCGGCUUCGAGCCCACCGGCUCCGAGCCCACCGGCUCCGAGCCCACCGGCUCCGAGCCCACCGGCUCCAAAGGACGGGGACGACGACCUCGACGCGCUCCUUUUAAGCACCCGGGCCGGACCGUCGGAUCCGGCGCCCGGCACAGUUAACGUCGGUGACGACGAGCUGGACGAUCUGCUGGGGAUAUCCACCGGGGCGGUGGGGGAGCGGGGGAGCGGGGGAGCGGGUCGGGGGUCGAGUGCCACCGCCGCGGCGCGGACCGACGACGACGACGCGUUCUUGGACGAGUUGUUGGGAUAGGAAAAAUUCAAUCGUCGACAUCAUCUAGCUAGU